UCUUGUCUGUGGAUCGUCAAACGAAUUUUUUUGGUGGGCCAAUCUGAGCAAACGAAAGAAGAAGAAGAAGAAGAAGAAGAAGAAGAAGAAGAAGAAGAAGAAGAAGAAGAAGAAGAAGAAUUGUGUGCUGAAGGGGCACCAAGUGAUGGAGCCCUUCAGCCCAGGAACCCUCUUUUGUGUUUUUUAUGUGAUGAUUACUACUCUGAGCCUUGUUUACUCUCCUGUUAUCACACAUUUUGUUCACGAUGCCUUCGGGGAAGAGAUGUAGAUGGAAAACUAACCUGUCCACUUUGUGGGCAGACAACACAGUUGAAAGAAGGAGCACCCCUACCUCCAGCUGAUAUGUUGAUGCGUCAGUUAAUAGAACUCUCCAAUGCUGAAAACCCUCCUUGUGCAAACUGUGACAAAAGAGAUAAAGCUUCAAUGUAUUUUUGUUCAACAUGUGGGCAAGCAUUAUGUAGUCAUUGCCGGGAGAAUACUCAUAGGGCUAAAAUGUUUUCGACUCAUGAGGUAGUGCACAUGUCCAAGUGUUCUAAGGAGGGACAUCGCCGUUGUGCUGUCCAUGGUGAGCAGUACAUCAUGUUUUCCAAUUCUCAGAAGAACAUGUUGUGUGUUAAUUGUUUCCGAGAUACCCCUGCAGAAGCAAGACUGCAUUGUGUAGAUAUUGAUACUGCUUACACACAGGGUUGUAAGAAACUGGACAGAGCAGUAUUGGUAGGUACUGUUUAAAAUUAAUCUGUUUAGAUGGUGGAUUUCUUGGUGUACUGAACAUGUUAUUGACGAAAAGGACUUUUACCAGAUUUCAUUGCUCAGUUUUUAACUUCUGUCUAUUGUUCAUUGAUUGAGCCAGAGUAGUUAUAUGUAGUUAAGUUCUUUUUUGCUAUAGCUGUAUUUCAUCACUAGUUCAGAAUAUGUUUUAUUUUAAGGUCUUCUAAAUACUUAGUGAUAUAUCUGAAAUGAGUGUUUCUUGCAAUAAUGCACACAUGUAUUAGUUACAUACAUCUGCUGUGAUGAUCUGUUUCUAACAAGAUACUCUCUGAGGUGUUUCUGCCAACACUGACUUAGCAAUGUUUUGAUAAUUUUAUUCAUUUUGUCAAGAUGUAUAAAAUUACAUCAAAACAAGUGAUUGGUGAAAUUAUGUAAGGCUUACAAGGUUUUAAAAGUAAGAAAUUGAUGUAAAGAAAGAAAAAUGCUUCAUUGAAUAACCUCUUCCUCUUAUAUUUUGUUUUAAUUUGCUUUCUAUAAGAAUUGCUGAUUUCAUGGUUCAUUGAUCUGCUUAAUUAAGUACUUUCCUUUAUCUUGUAUGGUUCUGAAAAGGUUUAAUUUUGAUUUGCUUUCUACCUACUCUUUAUUCUUUUUCAGACUGAUUAUUUUAUUUCCCCAAUAUUUGAGUUUUUAUUCAAUAGUAUGCAUUUGAUUUGCAUGCUGACGCUUAAAUUUCAAGAAAUUUUCCAAGCUUUGUCUUGUAACACCAUUAAGAAGAUAUAAAAGUUAAAAACAUACAAAAACAAACAAGGGGCUAAAAACAUGAAAUUUAACAUGGCUCCAAAUUUUUUGUUUAAACUUUGCCCUCAGAUAGCAAAAAGAUCUCUGUUAAAAAAUUGCACGGGUCUCAUUUUCAUUAAAAUCCCUUUUUUGAAAAAAGGCAAAAUUUCAAAUUUUUUCAGUGUACUAAACUACAAUAUUGAACAUUGAGAUUUGUUUCCUUAAUAAAAUUGGUUCAAAAACAGAUCUUGAAAUAUCGUCCUGUACAAUUUUUCGAAAAUAACAGUAGUUUACUCAUAAUUUUGCAAGGAACAUUGUCUUAAACAAUUAUUUUCCUAAAAAUGUCUCCAAAUUUUUUCUUUAAAUUUUCUCCUCACAUGUAUCAAAGGGCAGUAACAAAAUUGGUGCUGGUCUCGUUUCCGUCUUUUUGAAAAUUGCAGAAAAUGGACAUUGCAAAUGUUCAUUAUUAAAGAUAGAGAUUUGUUCUUAAAUGAAAUUAUUUUAAAAAACAGUGUCUCUGAAAAAGGUCAUGUACAAUUUUUGGAGAAAAUGAAAAGUUGUCAUGUAAUUUGUGCUUUAUAUUAAUGAAAUUUAUUAAAAAAUUCUCAAAUAUGGCUUCAAUUUUUUUUCCAUGAAUAGAACAAAGAAUGCUUAGAAUAAUGGCACUGGUCUCGUUUUUGUUUAACUCUGAAUUUUCAAAAAUCCUGAAAGUUAGAAAUAAUGUGAUAGAGUAUAUUAUGUAACAUCACUAGUUUAAAGCUUUCUAAUGUAGUGUUGAGGCCAAGGAAGAUUAGAAAAAAUUCAUAGAUUAUCUGAAGGGAUUAAAAUGUAAUGGCAUGUCCUUUUUAUUGUACAAUAGUGAUGUGACAUCGACAAAAAACAUCAAUGUUGCUAGGGAGGGGGAGGGGGACAAAGUCAGGAUAUCCUAAGUAGUUGGAUAUGAGUGGUUACACUGUAUUCAAGGAUACAUUUUUGUAGUUUAUAAGGUCUUAAAUAUUCAAAACUAUAUUGGGAAUUCUGAUUUUUGUCAUGCUAUGUCACUGAGCAUCUUAUUGUGACAUUUAGAACCUGGGGCACAGACAUUUAGAGCAUGACAUUUGCAGCAUGGUGAGCAGUGAAAAGGGAUCGCUACCUCCUGCUAUCAUCCACCCUCUUACAUGCUAAUACAAAAUGUUUUUAGUUUCGAAAUCUCAAAUGUGGAGCUAGAUGUGAGGAAAAAAAGAAAUUUAUCCGUGUACAAGAUAUACUUGUAUUGACUGAGGAAAUGUAUGCUUAAUCCAUUAUCUACUUCAUCAUUUGUGCAAUAUAGAAUUUGAAGGAAGUUUCUGUAGGGGAUUUAAAUGAUAACCAAGAAAUCUUGAGUGAGAAUAUCCAGUAAAAUUGCUUCCUAGUCAUGUUUAACUAAAUAUUAUUUUCCCAAAACUGUGUAUCCAAAAAAGAAGUGCAUUGUGAUGGGGAGAGACAACAUGAUGGAAAGUUGAAUCAUUUGGAUGUUUCAGACACAAAAAAUUUGAAUUUUUGUCUGUGAGGCUUAGUUUUAAUGGAGCAGCACUGAAAUUCAAGCAAAAACAAAACUGUUCAAUUCUUUUGGCAUUUGGUUAUUGAGCUUUGGUGUCACUUGCCUGGGUUUUUUAAUAAGAGAAUCCUUAUUGUCGGGAAAGUAAAGUAUAACAUACAAAUGGAGGCUCUAUGAAUAAUAUGCUCUUCCAGCAAAUAGUGUCCUAACCAAAGCCUCAUAUGAUCCACUGCCUGUUGUAAUUUAUUUGUAUAAAUAUGAGGUUAAUGUAGUAAAUGACUCACUGUGUUGCAUUUGUUUUGUUUACUAUAUUGUUUUUAACAUGAUGCAACUUUGUUUUAUAAUAAUGAUAAUAAAUAAGAUAAUUAAAGUAUAUGGAAUUAUAUACCUUAAUAAAGAAUAUGCCUUGCUGGAGUUUUUAAUGCACUUAUUCAGGGGCUUAUAUUAUCCACGAUCUAGUACAUUUGGAGCAGUAGCCACAGAAACCAUAAAUUAAGUUAAUUAUGUUACACAUUCGGAAUUCUUCCAAAUUCUGUCAGCCUUCAUGCAGCUUGUUGCAUGUAUUUUGCAAACGUGCAUUCCCGCCUGAGAUAUGGCAUAAUAUUCUGAGGAAGCUCAUCAUGUAGUACCCAGACCUGUAGAUUGCAAAAGAAAAUUAUUCAAAUAAUGCAAAAAAUGCCAUCCACGUGAUCCCUGCAAGCCUUUCUUCAUUGAGCUUGGAAUCUUACCACUGCCUUUUUAUUUACAAAUCUGUAAUAUUUGUCAAAAGUGACUUACUUAACGGUGGAACAUAUUUUUAUGGACUACUGAUAUUUAUAAUUACAACAUACGUCCUAGAAAUCACGUUCAUCAAGUGUCAACAUCAUCAGCUUGCUAUCAGAAAUCU